CCCCAAUCAAUUCGAGGUGGCUGGGCUCGUGUGGGGGGGAAUGUCCUCAUCGCCCGCUCGCUCGUGUGUGCGUCUCCGCCCCUUUGAAGUAGCCCCGCCCCUCUUUCCCUAGGCCACCGGCCGGCGCGUCUACCUCGGCCGUUGCUUGUAAGGCGGGGCGAGGGGAGCAGGCGGGAGGGCGCCUCUGCUGUGCUUUAUUGCCGCCACCGCCACCGGAGUGGCUUCCGUCGCUGAUUCCUUUCUGGAUCGGAACCUCCCUCCUUUUCUUCCUCCUAUCCCCGCCAGGUUUCGCCCUGUCCAUCUUUCUUCAGGCGGGCGGGACGUGGCCGUCACCGAAGCAGCAGCAGCAGUAGCAGCAGCAGUAAUAACAGCGAGACGGUGGUGGCUCAGCGUUGUUGCUUUCCUUGCCGUCGCCGGUGGGACUCGGAGCCCCCGAAAUCGCCUCCCCCGCCUUUCGUCUCUUCUUUCCUGCUCCGGCCAGGACCAGCAGAGACUCCUCCCCUUCCCUCUUUCUCUCUUUUCUGUCUCCCUCCUUCUUUCACCUCCCCCCCCAACAGCAGCAGCGCCACCUUCCUUCCUCUUCCUCCCAGUUCCUGCUGCCCCCGAGAGGCACCUGCGCCCCUCCCCCGCCACACACACACGGAGAGAAGGAAGGACAAGGCCGGAGUCGGCCCCAGUCUCUUCCCCCGCCCUCCAAGAAGCACAUUAAACACCAGUAAAUGGUGCUGAUAGAAGAUCUACUGAGAUUAUAUUUUUGCUCUAACAAAUACGAAGGAAAAAUACUUUGCGAAUGGGAUGAAUACGUAAGCAGUGACUGCCUUCAGCAGCUUGCUGACUCAUAGUAACUAGCUGGAGCACUUAACUAGUGAUGUUUCCAUUUCUACUCUACGCCAUUUGAGUUUGCCUGUCUUGACUGGGGAAAGAAGUUCAAAGUGGAGUACCGUAAACUUGAUAUGGAUAGCAAAAAGAAAGAUAAGGACAAACCGGAUGAUAGAAUGGCAAGGCCUAGUGGGCGAUCAAGUCAUAAUCCACGAGGCAGCAGCUCCUCAAAUUCUGGAGUGUUAAUGGUUGGACCUAACUUUAGAGUUGGAAAAAAAAUUGGGUGUGGCAAUUUUGGAGAGCUACGAUUAGGAAAAAAUUUGUAUACAAAUGAAUAUGUGGCAAUUAAGCUGGAGCCAAUGAAGUCAAGAGCACCACAGCUGCACUUGGAAUACAGAUUCUACAAGCAGUUAGGAUCUGGAGAUGGAAUACCUCAGGUUUACUAUUUUGGCCCUUGUGGCAAGUAUAAUGCCAUGGUGCUGGAACUACUGGGACCUAGUUUGGAAGACUUAUUUGACUUGUGUGAUAGAACCUUUUCUCUGAAAACUGUUCUUAUGAUAGCCAUACAGUUGAUUUCUCGAAUGGAAUAUGUUCAUUCAAAGAACUUAAUAUACAGAGAUGUAAAACCUGAAAACUUCUUAAUAGGACGACCAGGAAACAAAACUCAACAAAUUAUUCAUAUUAUAGAUUUUGGUUUGGCAAAAGAAUAUAUAGAUCCAGAGACAAAGAAGCACAUACCAUACCGAGAACACAAAAGCCUUACAGGAACUGCCAGAUACAUGAGUAUAAAUACACAUUUAGGAAAAGAGCAAAGUAGAAGAGAUGAUUUGGAAGCUUUAGGUCAUAUGUUCAUGUAUUUUUUAAGAGGCAGUCUUCCAUGGCAAGGCUUAAAGGCAGAUACAUUGAAAGAACGGUAUCAGAAAAUUGGAGACACAAAGCGAGCAACCCCCAUAGAAGUCCUGUGUGAAAACUUCCCAGAGGAAAUGGCUACAUAUCUUCGUUAUGUGAGAAGACUAGAUUUUUUUGAAAAACCAGACUAUGACUACUUAAGAAAGCUCUUUACAGACUUGUUUGAUCGGAAGGGCUAUAUGUUUGAUUAUGAAUAUGACUGGAUUGGUAAACAGCUGCCUACUCCAGUGGGUUCAAUCCAUUCGGAUCCUGCAGUAUCUUCCAAUAGAGAAGCACACCCUCACAGAGAUAAGAUGCAACAGUCCAAAAAUCAGUCGACAGACCACAGGGCAGCUUGGGACCCCCAUCAAGCUAAUCCCCAUCACUUGAGAGCUCACCUAGCAGCUGACAGACAUGGUGGCUCGGUACAGGUUGUAAGCUCAACAAAUGGAGAGCUCAACACUGAUGAUCCUACUGCAGGACGUUCAAAUGCACCUAUCACAGCCCCUACAGAAGUGGAAGUAAUGGAUGAAACAAACUGCCAGAAAGUGUUGAACAUGUGGUGCUGCUGUUUUUUCAAGCGAAGGAAAAGGAAAACCAUUCAGCGUCACAAAUGACUUUGGAAGAAGGCAGAUCAUGGGGAAUUACUUACUUGCUCAUCUGCUAUAUCGUGAUUAGUCAUCUCUCUAGUGACCACACGUUUUUCCGGCACCCCUCUU